GUACGAAAUGGUGUGGAGCCGGGAGCAAUGCUGUGAAUGAUGACGAUUUAGGAGUUGAAAAAGAAACUGAUAAAUGCUGUCGUCAGCAUGACAAAUGCCCGGAUCUUAUUCUUGCGGGAGAAAGUAAAUAUGGUCUUACUAACAAUGCUUCCUAUACACGUUUAAAUUGCAACUGUGACAGUGAAUUCAGAGACUGCCUGAGGAAAGCAAAUACGGAUAUCUCUCAAGCAGUAGGAGUUACUUAUUUCGAUGCUCUCAACACCCAGUGUUUUCGAGAAGAUUAUCCUAUAAUUAAAUGUGCACAAACUUCAUUGU